AGUCGGUCAGACAGCCCUCACCUGGUCCCUUCUGCCUGCCCAUGGCGAAUACCGAGCAACACUUUGCUUAGAGAGGCCUUGUUCUCCAGCGUGAUUGCACCAACGCUGCUCUGUGGCUUUCUCUACCUGGUGUGGGUUGCUGCUGCAGUUCCAGAGGAAAGUAGAAGGAUGGCCGGGAGUGGAGCCAGGAGCCGGGAGGGCCGCCGGGAGCAUGCCUUUGUCCUGGAGCCUUUUGAUGGAGCCAAUGUGGCCCCGCACCUCUGGCUAUACCGCUUUGAGGUCAUCGGUGACCUCAACCACUGGGACCACGCCACCAAGCUGAGGUUCCUGAAAGAGUCCCUCAGGGGAGACGCCCUGGAGAUCUACAGUGGACUCAGUCCUGAGGACCAGGGGGAAUACGGGGCUGUGAAAGAGACCCUCCUGAAGACCUUUGGGGGACCCGGGGUGGCCCACAGCUACCAGCCCAAGGAGAUCCUCUUCGCCAACAGCAUGGGUAAGGGCUACUACCUCAAGGGGAAAAUUGGCGAAGUGCCCGUGAGUUUCCUGGUGGACUCUGGGGCCCAGGUCUCCUUGGUCCACCCGAGCUUGUGGGAGGAGGUCACCGAUGGCGACCUGGAUACCCUGCGACCCUUUGAGAAUGUGGUGAAAGUGGCCAACGGGGCUGAAUUGAAGAUUCUGGGUGUCUGGGAUACAGUGGUGUCCCUGGGCAAGCUGAAGCUGAAGGCAGCUUUCCUAGUGGCCAACGCAAGUACGGAAGACGCCAUCAUUGGGACUGACAUGCUCCAGGACCACAAUGCCGUCCUGGACUUCGAGCAUCACACGUGCACACUGAAAGGGAGGGAGUUCCGCCUUCUGCCUGUAGGAGGGUCCCUGGAAGACGAGUUCGACCUGGAGCUCAUAGAGGAGGAGCCCUACUCAGAGGAGGGGCGGCAGCAGCUCUCCUAUUGA